GAGAAAACAGCUGACAGCGCAUUUUGACAGCCGCGCAUGGCUAGAAAAACAAAAAAGCACAUAGUUAAUUUGUAUUUCUCUUACAAAUAAUUGUUUUUAAUUAAAAGUUUAAAUACAAAAAUGGUUGACUUACCCGCGGUACAAAAAGAAGAUAAGCGUGUAUUUUUUGAAAACGCGCAAAUGGAUGAAAUGGCACAGCAUUUUGUGGGGAAUCUGUACAGAUACCGUGAAAAUAUAGUGGUCCCCUCUAGUAAUGGUCCAAUACAAAUAAAAACGAAUGAAGAGAAAAUGAUUGAAAAGACAGUGGAAAGCUGCGCCUUCAAGUCUAUAACUGCCUGCGUAAUGGGUUAUGGUUUGGGUGCCGCUAUUGGUUUGUUUAGCGCCUCGGUAAACCCCAGCCUCACAGAUCCGUUAUUGCACGAAAAGAAACAGACAGCACGUGAGAUUUUACGAGAUAUGCGCAAGACAACACAUGGUUACGCCAAGAACUUUGCCAUGAUUGGUAUGGUGUUCUCAGGUGUAGAGUGCACAAUCGAAAGUUAUCGAGGUGUUACUGAUUGGCGGAACGGUACCUAUGCCGGCGCUGUUACGGGGGGUCUGAUUGGUCUGCGUGCUGGCGUUAAGGCAGGUAUUGUGGGUGCUGCCGGUUUCGCUGCCUUUUCAACGGUCAUUGACUAUUAUAUGCGCCAUCGCUUGUAGAGAAAUAAUGAAAAAACGUCGAACGACUUUUAUAUUGAUUAAUUGGUGUGUUAUUCUGUUACUUGUGGUUACAAAGUGUGUAAUAAUAAAGAGUCGAUUAUUAUGCAGUAAAUAAGAUGGAUUUGUAAACAACAAAAAUCUGCAAUAAACAAUAUCGAAUUAUUUAUAAUUUAAAAUAAUUCAACAAACUAA